UGGACUCAGUCGAUGCAUCCUAGUUCAGAAGUGUUUGUUUGACAUUUUCAGAGCUGAGUUUGGAUUUAAAUCAUGGAAGCAGAGAGAAAAUCCUCUCAGCUGUGCUGCUCCUCUGAGAGAACACAGGUGCACGGAGAGAUGGAGACAUCAGCGGAGGACGUCGUUUCGAUGGCCGACUCCACGAUCACCAUCGAAGACAUCGAGGGAGAGCUGGGCAAAAUCGUACGGAUACGAGACAUCCUGGUACGGAGAGAGUCAGAGCUCAGAUACAUGAUGGACGACAUCCAGCUCUGCAAGGAAAUCACCAGACUGAAGACGGAGCUGCAGAAACUCGUCUCCAUUCCAGACGGAGAGAAGUCGAGGGAGGACAGGGAGCGAGAGGACGAGCUGCUGCAGCAGAUCAACAAGCUGGUGGAGACCAGAGACUUCCUGGUGGACGACGUGGAGUUUGAACGUCUGAGGGAAAGAGAGGAGGACAGAGAAAUGGCCGCCUUCUUAGACUCCAAGUUCCCAAAGACGUUACCUGGAAAAGGCGCCGUCAGAGAUCAAAUUGUGGCGUCCAAAUCUCAGCAGACAUCGGCGCCGUUGAUCACAAAAACUGGACUGACAGUGAUGAGAGACUGCUGUGGACUCACCUGCUCUGUCAUGUGACACUGUGUGUGUGUGUGUGUGUGUGUGUGUGUG